UAAUAUGUGAACACAAUAUUAGAGUAAUGUUUGUUUGAUUGCAUAUUGUUUUGCUUUUUUGUUGCACGUGUUUGUAAUUUAACAACACGUGUUACGUUACAAUCCAUGAUUUGAUUCAAUUGUAUAAUAUAGUGAUAGGAAGUCACGAUUUGUGUACCGAUUUGAUGCUAAAACAGUGAUUGUUAUUAAUAUAACAUAUAAUUUGUGACAUAAUUUUAGGCCUUAAAUGACUUCAUAAUUGUUAUGAAAAUAACUGACAAUUACUUGAAAACAACAAUUGUUUUGGUUUUUAAUUGACAAUAAAAUAACUGUUAUUUUCAGACACUCUUUGGUGUUGUGUUUCUAAAUAUGGAUCAAAAUAGUAGUAAAAAGCGUAAUAAACAAACAAAUAACAAAAAAGUUGUUAACAAGAAAAAGAAAAAUAAUUAUAAAAGAAAUAAUUUGAAGACUAGUUGUAAAUAUCCUCAAGACGUCAAAGAUAUGUCCAUUAAUUGGAAGCGUUUGGAGAAUACAUUGAACCAAAACAAGAGUCAUAAGAGUAAUGACAAUAAAAUGAACAAAAAGAAGAAAUAUUUGAAUAAAAAUAAUAGCAAUGAAAGCGAUAAAAGUGAUAAUAAAAGGACUAAUAAUAAGAAUAUAUGGUUUGAUGGCGUAGACAAAUGUCUUAUUAAGUCAUCGAUGUCUGAAACUAAUCCAUCAAACAGUGACUCAAAUGCUAGACUUGUCAAAGAGAAAAGCUUUAACGGUUUGACAAAAAUAGUGGCCAUCGAUUGUGAAAUGGUUGGCACUGGAACUGAUGGAACUUAUUCAAUGUUGGCCAGAGUAUCAAUUGUUAAUUUGUUUGGUCACUGUAUUUAUGAUAAAUAUGUGAAACCAGUUGAAGAAAUAACAGAUUACAGAACAGCUUUCAGUGGUAUCAGACCUUCAGAUUUAGUUAAUGCAGAGGACUUUAAAACAGUUCAGAAACAAGUGUUUGAUAUAUUAAACAAUAGGAUAGUUGUCGGACACGCCAUUCAUAAUGACUUUAAAGCACUUCUAUUAAGUCAUCCAAAAAGUAAAAUUCGAGACACGAGUCGAUACUUUAAGAAGUUGUUAGGCGGAAGAAAUCCGGCCCUCAAGAGGCUAUCGGACUCAGUCUUAGGCGUUAAGGUUCAGACAGGAGAACAUAAUUCAAUUGAAGACGCGAGGGUUGCCAUGAGAUUGUAUACUAUGUUUAGAAACAAAUGGGAAUCAGAUAUCAAGAAAAAGGAUAUAAAACGGUCGAAAACAUCCAAAAAAUAAUUGAUAUAUUAAUUAAAAUGAUUUCUUAUUUAAUCAUA